CCCAUUUACGUAAAUACCAAAGCUUUGAAAAUGGCGGCGUUAGUGAUGAAAAAGUUUCUGUAAAGUUUUGAUUAAUUUUGCUUAGAUAGAUACACUCAAAUGCCUGUCGAAAAAAAGUCUAAAGAAGAUACAUGGACACCUAGUGAAUUGAAGAAAGCAAUGGGGAAAGAUACCCUAAGGAGGGAGAGAGAAGAAAGGAAAAAGGAAAGACUCAGAGAUGAUCAAAAUGGUGAGGAGAAACACAGAAGAAGAAAGGAUGAAGAUGAAACCAAAGAAAGACGACACCAUAGGGAUGAUGAUGAUAGAAAACGUCAUAAAGAGAAAGAUCGUCACCAUAGAAACGAAGAUGAUGAGGGUCGUCGUAGGAGAAGGGACAGAGACUCUCCUGAUAGAAUUGAAACCACAGAGGAGGAUAGAGAACGACAGAGACGAGAAAGGAGAGAAAAACGGGAAGGAAAAUCUAAGGGAGAUGAUGAUAGAAAAAGGAAAGAUGAUGAUGAUUCUAAAAGAAGAAGACACAAAGAAGAAGAUAGAGAGAGGAGUAAUAAAGAUGAAGACAGAAGAAAACAUAGAGAUGAUGAUGAAAAACGAAGGCACAGAGAUGAUGAUGGAAGAAGGAGAGACAAGGAUGAAGAGAAAAGACGACACAGAGGUGAUGAUGAUAGAGAAAAGAGAAGACACAGAGACGAUGAUGAUAGAGAGAAAAGACGACAUCGAGAUGAAGAUGGAGAUAGAAGGGGACAUAGAGGCGAAGAUGAUAGAGAGAAAAGAAAACAUCACAGAGAUGAAGAUGAGAGAGAUAGAAGAAAAGAAAAGAAAGACCGAGAUCGACACAAAGAAUCAGAAGAAGGAAGUAAAAAACAUCGUCACCAUAGAGAUGAAGAGAAUGAGGAAAUGGAAACUGAACUUGAUGAGGAUGAGAGAGAGAGGCAACGGAGAGAAAGAAGAGAUAAAAAAGAAGGGAGAGACAGAAAAGAUGGAGAUAGAGAAAAGGAUGAAAGGGAUAAAAGAUCAAAAGAAGAGGAUGUGAGAACCAAAUCUGCAGUGAAUGGCAGAUCAAAACCAAAGGAGGAAGAUGAGGAAGAAAAUGAAUAUGGAGGUUAUGAGGAUGAUUUUGAGGACUAUGAUGAUGACUUUGAAGAAGAAGAGGAUGAGGAGCCACCAAAGAAGACAAACUUGUCAUCUAUAACUCCUAGACAACCUCGACAUGGACUACAAUAUUCUGAUGACGAGAUGAAUGAUGUUUUACGAGCUUUAGAUGAAGAAAAUGAUAGAUUGUAUAAAGAUUCCUCAAAACAGGACAAAUAUGACAAAAAUGACUCGCCUGAUGAUAGAGGUAGAGGAUAUAGGGACAGCAGUCCAGAUGAACCUGCCCCUAGGACACGUCCAAAAAGCAGUGCUAUCAACUUCUUAUCGGCAAAGAGACAGGUCAUGACCCAGAAAACCUAUGGAAAGACAUCCAAACGAGCUCGAGACCUGUUAGAAAUGAUAGAGUUAGACACAGUUACAUUUGAUAUAAUGGAUCUGCCUCCAGUCAAGGAAUAUGAGUUGUAUAUUAGAAGUUAUGGUAGAUCUGACACAAGACAGGCCUACGUACAGACCAAUGAUGAUGCUAUAGACCGUGAUAUACAAACAGAAGAGAUUGAUAUGAGAAAUAAGUGGACACAGCAUCCUCCUGAAGACUUUGCUGGAUCUGGCAGAGGGGAUGGUGAAAAAGACUUUGAAGAUGAGGAACAGUCACAACAGAAUAAACAACAAGACUUAGGACGUCUUUCUAAGUUCAUACAACAGGCGGGACAGGUAGUUUCUAUAUUACUAGACGAAGAGAGAUCUCAGGAAACAACAGAAUUAAGAUCAAAUAAGUCAAGUAUUAGUAUGAGUGAAGGUUAUGCAGAGCUGUCUAAGUUGGGCAUACUACAAGGUCGUCAUGUAGAAUUUGCUUACUUUGCACCAACACAACCCAAUAUGUUACUGACUAUCUAUAGUCAACCUGAACAGGGUAAUCCAUCAAAUCCAACGGAUGGAAAGGGAAUGAUAUGUGUAUGGAAUACAAAUGAACCAUCAUAUCCUCAAAGGAUUUUAGCAUGUGAAUCUCAGCCAAGAUGUUGUUGCUUUGGUCCAUAUAAAACUUCUAUAGCAUUUGCAGGAAUGGUUGAUGGUUCUAUAUGUGCCUGGGAUUUAAGAGAACCUUCAUCCCUGCACAGAUCUGUAGAAUUUGAUAAAACAGAACAUCUUCUACGAUAUCCAACUUAUAAUACAGCUGGUAUAUCGGACUCUGAUAACCAUAUCAGUCCAGUGACAACAAUAAAUCCUGUUACAACUUAUGUAGAUGAAAAUUCCCAACAGGAAUCAGAUUCCAAAGAGGAUGAAAAGAAGAACACAUCUGAUUCUGGAUCUGGUAUGUCCUUCCAGCUGGUGUCCAGUGAAGACCAGGGAAGAAUUAACUUUUGGGUUGUUGCAGAAUUAACUACUACAGACCCAGCAGGUUCAGAGAUUGACCUUGGGUUGUCUCCUGGUGGCAAGGUCAAAGUUGUUAUUAGUUCUACAAUAAAACUGGAGAGCUUAGUCAGAGAAGCAAGGUCAUUAGGUCCAAUCCGAUCCUUUGAGAUGCAGAUUUCUCCAACAGAUCCAAACCAUUUUUAUAUUGGGACAGAUGGGGGAUAUGUACUGCAUGGUUUAAGAUUUGGUAAUAGAGCUUUUCCAAGAACAUUCUCAGCUUUAUCAGAUUCUCCUGUAGAUGUAAAAAGUAUUGAUUUUUCUCCUUUUGGUCAUCCCUGUUUUCUGGCAUCAACAGCAGAAGGUUGUGUUCACUUAUUUGGGACCAAAUCAGAUAUCUAUGUUUUAGAUGAAAAACCUUUGUUGACUUGGCCUUCCAAGAUAUGGGGAACAAGGAACUUGAGAUGUGUACGUUGGUCACGCAGUAGACCUUGUGUGUUUUAUGUGCUGGACGACCAAUCACAACUUUAUACAUUUGACAUUUUGGAAGGGGAUGCAAUGCCUGCAAAAAUGGAAACUUUGUCUAAAGAAAAUGUUAUACAUAUAGCCUUUACACCACACAUAAAUGUUACUGGACGGCAUCCUCAGAUGCUUGUGAGUCAAGAAGAUGGCACAAUACAAAUACACACAAUAUCUAAAGAGUAUAGAGAACAACAAACACUUGAGGAUGAUUUCUUACCAAGCUAUCUGGACAAAUUCUGAUUUGAUGGUCUUCUCAAUACAAACAGGAGUAACAACCCGUCAAGUUAUCUAGCACAAAUUCUUUUCAUGUAGUCAAUUUCAUGAAUAUCAUUAAAACAAUGCGUAAGGACCAAUGAAUAGGAGCAGAUGACAUUUUUGAAUGAUUUGAUUGGCUCAAUUUACUUGUUUAUUUGAAAUGAAAUGGCAGACAUCAACUGAGCAACAAGAGAUGACAAAUGCAUGUGCAUGCAUAUAUGUACAAGCUGUGUAUUUGAUUAUAAUUACUUCAAAGUCAUAAUUUGAAAGGGAGAGUCUAGAUUUUCUGAUUGAUGUCCUUUUGAAUGUAUGAAGGAUAUGAUCAAAGUACUUGUGCCAAGUUGUAAGAAUGAGAAAUCAUGUCGUCAGUUGUUAUAGCAUAUGUAUGUGUAAGCUGAGGAAUGGUAGUGGUCAUGGGCUUCAUGAUAUAUUUUUACAAUUAAUGAACCGGUAAAUUGUCAAAAAAGUAUCAUAAGGAUCAUAAGAGCUAUUGUUCUGCAGCUAAUAUAUGUGUUAUUAUAGAUUUUUAUGAAGGUUGAGUUACUUAUUUAUACAUCUGUCUUUCAUGGCUUAUAUGCGGUUCCCUGUUCAGUAAGAGGGAUCAAAAUCUACAAAAAAUAGAGCAAGUAAUUCUAUUUCUAAGGCUAACAUCCUGGCAAUGAAUUAAAUCACAUAUCAAUGUUAAAUAUUCCGUCCAUAUAUGUUUGUGUGUCCACAUUUUGUCAGUGUUGUUUAAAAUGGAUUAUAAAUUAAGCAAGAUAAUUUUUUUUAUAAUUAAAUAUUUUUUUUCUCAUAGUUGUUUUGUGCAUGUCCACACUUCUAAGACUUUAAUUUUGUAUUUGAUUUGAUGUUCUUAUAGAGAUGUGAAGAUUUGCUACAUUUAUGUGAUCUUAAUGAAUAACGUAAAAAAACAACAAUACAUGUAUAUGAAAAUUUGUAUUGCCUGUACUGUAUC